CUGCGAGUCUUGUUUAGUUUUCAGGUUCUCUCUCUAAUCUGUCUCAUUACCCUUCUCUCUCUAGAAAAAAAAGACAACCAUGGUGGAAUAACAAUCUAAUCUAUCUAAUGACAAAAAAAUCGUCUUCAUAGUUAACUUAUCAAAAAAAAUUGCAGCUUUGUGUUCCUAACGGUGUGUUUGGAUGUUCCUCCAGUGAUGAAUCCAAAGUCUUCUCUUUCACACCUUCCUUUUCUCCCAUCACACAAGUCUUUCAUGGAGAUUUGAAGAAUCUAGGGUUUCACGAAGUUCCAGCCGAAGGUCAUCUCUUUCUAUAAACAUUGAUUCUCUUUCAUGUCUUGUUUUGCUGAUUCCCUUCUGAAUCUGAACUUUAAACUGCUGUCCUGCUUCAAAGAUGCCACUUUUGCUGAGUUGAAGUUCUUGAGUUUGUUUGAAGAACACAACAAACCGAGAUUCUUUGGUUUGUUGUGUUGAAGAUGUGCUUUAGUCACUUGUGUGUUGAUUUUUUCAUGGAUUAUGGAAGAUGUAAUGAUGGGUUGUUUAGAUUUUAGGAAUUAGGGAUUGUUUAGUUUUCUCUUUUUCUUUUUUUUUUAUAUAUUUAUCUGUUCUUUCUGGGAAUUACUUGAAGAUGGAGGAAAUUGAGGAAGCAAACAGGGAAGCGGUUGAGAGUUGCCAUAGGGUGAUUAGUUUGUUAUCUCAUUCUAAUACUGAUCAGAGUUCAUAUGGGAAAUUAAGUGUAGAAACUGGGGAGGCUGUUCAUAAGUUCAAAAAAGUUGUCUCUAAGCUGAAUUCUACCUUGGGUCAUGCUAGGGUUAGAAAAGUCAAGAAAAUCCAAACCCAUUUACCUCCUAACAUUCUUCUCGAAAACCCGCUUCUCUGGAGACCCCACCAUGACCACCCUCAAUCAGCUUUGCAGCUUCUUCCAGCCAUUCCCAUGGAUAACCAGAACCAGGAUAGGAGUUGUACUCUCACAUUGAGAAGUCCUUCAUAUGACUUGAAUGGAAAGGCCCCGAUUCAGCCACCCCACCACCAUUACCACACCCAAGCACCCAUGGCAAAUUAUAACUUCCUCCAACAGAAACUAGUUCCGGUUUACCGGCGGAGCAAUAGUGGAAUCAGUCUUAAUUUUGAUAGCUCCACUUGCACUUCAAAUCGGUCGUUUAUGUCUUCACUAAGUAUUGACGGGAGCAUUGCGAAUAUUGACGGAAACGGCUUUCAUUUGAUCGGGGGGUCGCGCUCUGCUGACCUCAGUGCGUAUCAGCAACAAAACAAGAAAAAGUGUUCCGGCGGGAGGGGUGAAGAUGGAAGUACCAAAUGUGGAAGCAGUAGUAGGUGCCAUUGUUCUAAGAAGAGGUCUGUUGUAUUAUAUUAUUAUUUUCUGCUGUUUUUUAUAUUCUUUUCUUCACGUUACUCACAAAUGGUAUUGUUUUGGGACAGGAAACAUAGGGUGAAAAGGUCAAUUAAAGUUCCUGCUAUUAGUAACAAGUUAGCUGAUAUUCCUCAGGAUGAAUAUUCUUGGAGGAAGUAUGGGCAAAAACCUAUCAAAGGUUCUCCUCACCCAAGGGGAUACUAUAAGUGCAGUAGCAUGAGAGGCUGCCCAGCUAGGAAGCAUGUGGAAAGAUGUUUGGAAGAUCCUUCAAUGCUAAUUGUGACUUAUGAGGGUGACCAUAACCAUCCAAGAGUGCCAUCACAAGUGGCAAACAUAUGACCAGUUGCUAUGAGGUCAUCACAAGAUUUCUGGUUUCUAUUUUGUGUAACGGCUUCAAUUGUCGUGUACAUAUUUUGCUAGUUUAGCCUUGAGGUAGAGAGAUAGAUUGGGGGAGAGCUAAAGAUAUGGUGCAAUCGACUAGGGUACGAAAGCCUUCAAAGGUGUGUUUGUUUGAAAGGCAAAUGUGAAUUCUUCCAUGUUUAUUAGUAGAUAGGCCUUUGAUGGUUAAGUUAAGCCUUUGUUGUAAGGAUGUCCUCAUGGAAAUAUGACUUCUACUCCACAUUUGUCUUGUUGCAACUUUGUUUUUCAAUAGCUUUUUGAUUUCUUGCUAAA